AUGAUAGAGAUUGAAGAAAUGGCUAAAGAACAUAUACCAGAAGAGUUAGUGAUGAAAAUCUUUGUUAGGCUCCCAGUAAAGUCUGUACUGCGAUUCCGAACCUUAAACAAAUCCUACAAUGCUCUCACUAGAGAAACCAGUUUCAUCACUAAACAUCUUUAUCACUCCAUUGAAAAGGCAAAAAGCAAGCCUAACUUUCUGAUCUUUCACCAAACAAACAAGCUUGUCAAUUCAACAGUCUCUGAAGAUGAACAAUCACAACCCCAUACAAUUGAUCUGAAUCCACCAUUCAUCUCAAUACAUGUAAAAAACAUCGGAGCCUGCUCUUAUUUCAAUGGCAUCAUCUACCUUGAACUGUUUGGUAUUCCUCUUAGACCCAAUCCAAAGAUUCUCUGGAAUCCAGCCACCAGAGAAGUAAGGUUUCUACCUUUGCUUCCUCCAAUGAAACCCACGCUCUUUACCUUCUUCCAUGGGGUACACGGGUUCGGUGUCAACCCCAGAACAAAUGACUUCAAGGUCAUAAACAUUGUAGUGGAUGCAGAGAUUUGGGAUGGAAGUGAUAGAAAGCUCAUUGGUCAGUUUAUCAUUGGUUAG